AUGCGGCGACCAUUCCUUCAACGCUCUCAAGAAUUUCAUAUUAUUUCCGAACCAUUACAUGAAUUUAUUCUUAAUCAAUAUGAAGAAGAUGUUAAAAAUUGUAUUACAGAUCCUUCAAAGCCGUCAAAUCUUAGUUUAUUCAUGCCAAAAGUUUUAUCUAUCUUUGACGAAGUUUGGAAAACCCACUAUGAUGAAUCCUCAAAUAAAUCAAAACGAGUACUUUAUCAUGAACAUUCGGUUGUUCUUCUAAGUGCCACAUCAGAGACUUUGAUUUUAACAAAUCCUCAAUUUUUGGAGAUGACGCACACGUUCUUAAUCCGUAAUCCUGAAAAAUCAGUAAGAUCCAUAUAUAAAGCUGCUACCUUCAUAUUUAAUAAAAGUCCCGAACUUGGUAACAGCUUCGAUAAAAGUCUAGUAGGAUUGGGAGAAUCCAAGCAAAAUUUUGAUUUAUUAAAAGACUUAAAUAAGCAGCUUAUUGUUGUGGAUGCUGAUUAA